AUGGAUAAUAAUAUUCUUGGCCUUCUCAAACUUCGUAUCAAAAGAGGAAUUGAUCUUGCAAUUCGUGAUGCUAAUACCAGCGAUCCUUAUGUUGUUGUCCAAAUGGGUGACCAGAAGCUGAAGACUCGUGUAGUGAAAAACAAUUGCAACCCUGAAUGGAAUGAAGAACUAACCCUUUCAAUAAGGGAUAUUAAAACUCCAAUACGUCUCACAGUUUUUGACAAAGAUACAUUCUCCAUAGAUGACAAAAUGGGUGAUGCCGAUGUAGACUUGAAACCAUAUGCUCAAGCUAUGCAAAUGAAGUUGGCCACUCUUCCAGAUGGAUGUGCAAUCAAGAGGGUUCAAGCAAACAGGACUAAUUGUCUUGCUGAAGAGAGUAGUUGUAUUUGGAAAAAUGGUAAGAUCAUUCAACAAAUGAUUCUAAGAUUGAGAAAUGUUGAGAGUGGGGAAUUGGUUGUUGAAAUUGAGUGGGUGGAUAUUCCUGGUAGCACAGGUAUAUCAGGGGGGACAUAG